UGUGCUAUAGUACUAUUGUAUUUGAAAUAUAGCUUUAUGGAUUCUAACUCUUCAAGCUUUCUUUUGAACCCUUCAACUGUCCAGUCAGUUUAUUAUCAAGCCAAGGAGGAACAUGAUGGUGUGAUCGAUCUCGGUCUUAGCCUGCGAACUUUGCAACCCGAAGUUUAUCAUCCGUCGGGACAUUUGGUGAGCUUGGAGGGAUAUGAUGACCUAAUAGAUUGGCCCCAAUCUAACCUAAACUUGAAAAGUUCAAACAUUAUACAACAAAGAAACAAUUUUCAAGAAGAUUGUGAGGAAGAUGGGGAGGGAAUCCAAAGCAAAGAGAGGUGGGCCUAUGUUAAGGUUAACAUGGAUGGUAUUAUUGUUGGAAGAAAAGUUUGUAUACUUGAUCAUGGCAGUUACUCAAGUCUGGCACUUCAACUGGAAGACAUGUUUGGUAGACAAUCCGUAUCCGGGUUACGGUUGUUCCAAUCCGGGUCCGAGUUCUCACUGUUCUACAAGGACAGAUAUGAAAAUUGGAGAAGUGUUGGAGAUGUCCCAUGGAAGGAAUUUGUGGAAUGUGUGAAACGGCUUAGGAUUGCAAGAAAGAGUACUAGUGGAUCAGCUCUUCUUUCCUAAUAAUUUUAUUCUCCUCUUUUUUUUUUUUUUUUCUUUCCUGUUAUUCUUCAUAAUUAUUGGAGCAUCUCUGACUUGAACUUGAA